UUUGUGUGUAAAAUGUUUUAUUUUGUUUAUAAUGUACUUAUAAUAUUAAUUGUGUCCAAUCAUGUGAUUUAUUCGUUAUCGAAAUCAAUAUCGUCUGAGGAUAAUGUUUAUGGUCCAACAAAUUUCAAACGACCGUCUUCAUCAACAAUAUCACCAAUCAACAACAAUGAUAAUAGUUCAACUAAUACAGCACAAAUCACCACAUCAAUAAAAAAUAAUGCUACAAUACCAAAUACAAUAAAAAACCGCGAUUCACAAUUACUUUCACUAUUAGCCGCAAGGCGGCGUCAAAUUAUACAAAAUCGUUUACAAAACUUAUCUACAACAAAUGUUGAUCAUAUAAUUGAAACUACAACACAUUUAAAUCAAUUAUUAGAUAUAAUAUCAGCCACAACCCGUGCAUACAUAGAUAUCCGGUCACUACGCCAACGAAAUUUGCCGUUAGCAUCCGCAACUUCUGAUAAUUCAAAUGGAGGUAACAAGACAACAAAAUAUCAUAAUGAAACUGUUACAUCCGGGAAUAAUCAAACAAACACUAUUAACGGUACAACUCCGAACUACUCCACAAACACAACAAAUACUUUCAAUUCAACAUUCCAAAAUACGACGUUGAGCAAUAAUAACAACAGUCGAAUAAAUAAUAAAAAUGUUUCCAAAGAAAAUGUCUCACAGCUAGCACAAAAUUCAUCAAAAUUAUUCCAAAAUUCUUUGUUUGAACUAAAUAAAAGUAAUCGUAAUAGCUCGAGUAACGAUAAUAACUCAAAUAAAAAACAGCAAAAUGUACAAAUUCGUCCGAAUAAUACGAAAAAUUCCUUGAUCACACAGAUCAGUAAUGCCCAAAAAUUUAUUUAUAAAGCUCAAAAAAGUGCGAAAAGUAUUUUAAAAGAUCACGAUACAAAUAUUUAUGUACCAUUGCAACAACGUAAAGCUCGAUUACCAAUUGAUAUAGAACAAAUUGCUUACGAAACAUUAGGUAUAGCAGAGAAAAAACCACCCAAUGACGAGGACGAAUCAGAACUAGAUUUAGAAGAUACGCUGCAAGUACAAGAAACCAACCAUGACCAGCUUUACCUGUUAAAUUUCUUGCAGAAUAAAACAAUCAAUAAAACAAUCGAAAACAAUCAAGUCACGAAAAAUUCAAACAAUACUUUAUUAAUGUCUGAAUCGUUGUACAAUCAUUUUCGACCGUUGGAAACAAAUUUAUCAGAAGAUGAAAUUCAACCAUUUCUAAAUUUUGGACAAAAAAUAACUUCCACAAAUAAACCACCCUAUACGAGUAAUCGAAUUACAAAACCAUCAUUACGACAUCAUACAAAAAGUUUUAAGAGUACAGACGAAACUAAUUUAAUGGACAUCAAUGUGGAUCGCUUAAAUAUUGCAAAUAAGGUGCUUAAUAUUCGUGCAUUACCAACGCGACCAUCUGUAUCUGUUCGAGAAUAUUUUCGACCCAAAUCGAAUACAAACAAUAAUAAUAAAACUACUGAGUAUAAUGUAACAAGAUCGAAUACAAGUUAUAAGGGACCGAAUAAUAAGGAAGAACCGUCCCACAUUUUAACCAUACAAAGGAAAAAUAACAAUGAAUCCGUUAAUAUCAGCAUUAAAUAUGAUAAUUUUAACGAAACUGAGUCACGUGAGACGACGUCAACGGCUCCAACUAAGUAUCAUAGUUCAACCCGCCAUCGUCCAAAUUAUUCGCGAAAUAAUAAUAGGGCAGUUUCCAUAAUGCAUCGGAACAGUGCGUCAUUUCGAGCAAAUUUAGUGCCUCGUAAUCAUUCUGAUUUAGUAUCAUCGGAUACUAAAUCGUCACCCAUACCAAAUCCUUUAUCAAUACCAGAAAAAAUCAAAUUCGAAGCAAUUGUGGAGACUACAACCUCGCAAAAUUUAAAUGACUCAACAGUGACAGUGACGACUCCACAAUCACCAAGUUUGACGACUCAACAAAUUGUUUCAACCAAUGUUGUUACAUCAGUUUCAAUUCAAACAAAACCGAAACGAAAUGUUACAACUGCACAGCCAGAACCAGAAAAUUUGGUUGAAGAAGAGCAGGCAACAACGAAAAGGUUUCAAAUUAUUGUUGCUGAUGUUGUUGAUGCAACAACUAUCAUAGAAGAUGUCAAGGAAAAAACGAUCUCAACUACUCAAAAAAUUUCCACAUCGACGUUUGUAUUAAGACCAACCACAACUAAGCCGACCCAAGCACCGGUAAUUGCAGAAACAACUUUGCAUACUGUUAUUAUUCCGGUUUUUACGUCCAAGGUUGAAAUGAUACCAAACACUACGCCCAAACCUAUUGAAACAACUACAACUAAAACCAAGCAUUCUACAUCGAAGACUUCCACAAGUACACCGUCUGAUGUACCGAUUUUUUUCCCAAAUAAUAGUUUAAACCAAACUGAGAUAAUUGUGAAUCCGAGAAGAAGUAGUGUCUUAAAUGAGAAUAAUGUUUUGGCAUAUAUUUUAACAAUUUUGGGUGUGCUACCAUUAAUAUUAAUUGUGGCAUUUAUAGUGCGGACAAUUUUAUAUCAACGUUUAAAACAAUUGGAUAGCGAAGCGGAUGCUUUGGCUGAAAGUACUCAGGAAAAGGAAAAACCUUCAACUAUAAACCAUGUUACGAGAUUACCAAUGAUUAUUACAGAUGCAAAUUCAAAAUGGGAAUUUCCACGAAAUAAAUUGCGAUUAAAAACUCUUCUAGGAGAAGGUAAUUUUGGUCAAGUGUGGAAAGCAGAAGCGGAUGAUUUAAAAGACCAUGAUGGACUGACACGACUUGUAGCUGUAAAAACUAUUAAAGAUGGAUAUACAGCCAAAGAACGUGAUGAUUUGCAUCGCGAAUUAUUUAUAAUGCAAAAAAUUGGAUCUCACCCGAAUGUUGUCCAGUUAUUGGGAUGUUGUACAGAUCGAGAACCAUAUUUAUUGAUAAUGGAAUAUGUUAUGUAUGGGAAACUCUUAACGUAUUUACGAGAUCAUCGAACGAGGAGAGAUUAUUACAAUUUUAGUGAUGAUGCGGCAACGUUAACAUCCAAAGAUUUGACAGUAUUUGCGUACUGUGUUGCCAGGGGAAUGGAAUAUUUGACAUCAAAAGGCAUAAUUCAUCGAGAUUUGGCAGCCAGAAAUAUUUUAGUUGAUCAUAAUAAAUUAUGUAAGAUAUCUGAUUUUGGUUUAUCACGAUACUCACCGACCAGAGAAAUCAAAGAACCAAAACAACCAAAGAAUCCAUUACCAGUAAGAUGGAUGGCCACCGAAGCAUUAAUGUUUUCAUUAUUCACAGAAAAAAGCGAUGUUUGGUCAUUUGGAAUUCUACUAUGGGAAAUUGUUACUUUAGGUGCAACUCCAUAUGCCACAAUGUCUGGCCGUGAAGUAAUGCAUUGUGUAUGCGAUGGUUAUCGUUUAGAACGACCUGGUCAUUGUAAACCAGAAAUAUAUCGCGUAAUGGCUCGAUGUUGGUCAAGUGAUCCAAAUUCCCGUCCAACAUUCGCUGAAUUACGUAAUGAGUUAGCUGAAUUACUUGAAAAUAAUUCAUUAGAUUAUAGUUAUGUUGAUUUAGAAAGUUUUGCAGCUGAUUCGAAUAUAUAUGAAAUAACAAAUAUAAAUAAUCGUGGAAAUUAUUGUACAAUACAGAGUAGAAUUUCUGAAUUUGAAUGUGAUAUUUAAUCUUUUUAUUUUUAAUUAUUUAAAAUAUUGUAAUAAGUAAAAAUUCAUAUUUGCAUUUUUUUUUCUAUCUAUUGUUUUCCAAAAGUGCGUUUAAACUUACCUUCAAUUUACGAAACUCUGACGUCCAAAUAAUGGUUUCAGGCAAUGCAAGUAAAAACCAAAUUUAAAAACCCCCGACAAAUACGUUUUUUUCCCUGAAACUCUUUCCAACCCGAAUCGAUUUUU